AUGGAAAACCAAUUCCCUUCCUUCCCAUUCCUUUUCACCUUCCUAGUAUUUCUCUUCAUGGUGUUAAGAUUAUGGCAGAAAUCCAAAAACAACUCAGCUCUAAAUCUACCACCAGGGCCAUGGAAACUACCUCUAAUUGGUAGCUUGCACCAUUUAUUUGGCUCAGUAUUACCCCAUACCCGCCUAAGAGACUUAGCCAAUGAGUAUGGACCUAUUAUGCACCUUCAGCUUGGCCAAGUGACAAACAUUGUUCUUUCUUCACCUGAAACUGCUAAAGCAGUUUUGAAAACCCAUGAUCAUAUAUUUACUCAAAGACCUUUUGUACUUGCAGCGGAGACUAUGACUUAUAAUUUUACAAAUCUUGCCAAUGCACCCUAUGGAGGGUAUUGGAGACAAAUACGAAAAAUCUGCACGCUAGAAAUGCUAUCUGCCAAACGGGUGCGGUCAUUUGGAUUAAUAAGAGAAGAAGAAGUAUCAAAAUUCAUUAGAGAUCUUUCUUCUAGUACUAGUGCUGGAUCAACAGUCAACUUCAGCAGAAUGUUCAGUUCUGUGACUUAUAAUAUCAUUCAAAGAGUAGCCAUUGGUAAGAUAUCGAAAGGAGAAGAUACAGUCUUUCCAGCUAUCAGGAAACUGAUAGAAGCUUUUGUAGGUUUUAAUCUUUCUGACGCAUACCCUUCAAUCAAAUUGCUUCACAAAAUUAGUACUAAAAGGUUUAAACUAGAGAGAGCUCAUAAAGAAGCAGAUAAGAUACUCCAAAACAUUAUUGAUGAACAUAGAGCUAGAAAGGCAUCAGCAGCUAAUUCUGAAGAAGAAGAAGAUCUGGUAGAUAUCCUUUUGAAUGCUCAGUGUCAAGAAGACCUUCAAAUUACAGAUGACAACAUAAAAGCAAUUAUCCUGGACGUCUUUUCUGGUGGUAAUGACCCAUCAGCUAACACUGUACUAUGGGCGAUGUCAGAACUGAUAAGAAAUCCAGAGGUGAUGAAAAAAGCACAAACCGAGGUAAGACAAGUGUUUAGUGAAAAAGGAUACGUUGAAGAAGAAAGCAUCGGUGAAUUAUAUUACUUAAAAGCAGUUGUCAAAGAAACUCUAAGAUUACACCCUCCUGGUACAUUUCUUGCAAGAGAAUGUAUGGAAGACUGCGUGAUUAAUGGUUAUGACAUUUCUGUAAAAUCAAUAUUUGUUAUAAACACAUGGGCUCUUGGAAGACAUCCUGAUUACUGGCCUGAAGCUGAGAGAUUCAAUCCAGACAGAUUCUUAAAUUGUUCAAUUGAUUAUAAAGGAAAUAAUUUUGAGUUUCUUCCAUUUGGUGCCGGAAGAAGAAUGUGUCCAGGAAUAUUAUUUGGCAUAUCUAAUGUUCAAUUUCCGCUUGCCCGAUUGCUGUAUCAUUUUGAUUGGAAACUUCCUAAUGGAAUGCAGCCAGAAGAUCUUGACAUGAAUGAGAAGUCCGGGCCUUGCAGUGACAAGGCAAAAUGAUCUCCAAUUAAUUCCCAUUCCAUACCAGAAGUAAAAUUUCA